AGGACCGCCGGCUCAGUCUCGCUCCGGCCGCCCGUGGGUACGCGUGUCCCGUGUGAACUAACUUAAAGUUGGCCGCAAGUGUUGUGAACAAACCUGUGCUUCGGUGAAUUAAGUUCAAACUUCGAACAUGGACGACUGAAUUGCAGGAACAAGUGUGAAAGUUCAAAUAAGUGAAGUUAAUAAUAAUAAGUGUAACAUUUUAAUAUUAGUGAAGAUGGAGUCGAGAUUGCAUGUAUUUGCUGUGGCGGCAAUCAUUAUUAUGGUGUCAUCUAUAUGUGAGGGCGCGCGCGAUGCCACCUGCCCUCGUAUCUGCGGGCCGGCGCUGCAAGGAGACCCGGUGUGUGCCACUGACGGGUACAUUUACCCUUCGCUCUGUGAGAUGAGAAAGAAGACUUGUGGGAAAGGAGUGAAAUUGGCUCAGGAUUUAGGGGCUUGUUCUAGAGCUCAGGGCUCGAAGUGCGAACACAGAUGUACCGCGGAAAGGGAUCCAGUUUGCGGCACAAACGGACGGACAUACCUCAAUAGAUGCAUGUUGCAAGUCGAAAUAUGCAGAGUGGGUAUCGGGCUGUCGCACCUGGGCGCGUGCAACAACAUCAGCGCGCACCGCGAGAACUGCCCCGUGGACUGCUCGCAGGCGCCGCUGGACGGGCCCGUCUGCGGCUCCGACGGCAACGUCUACAAGAGCACCUGCCAGAUGAAACUGCUCACUUGCGGGCAAGGCGUGGUGAGAACAAACAAGAAGCACUGUCAGACGACGCGCCACUGCCGCGAGUCGUGCUGGCGCGUGGCGCGCCCCACCUGCGGCUCCGACGGCAAGCUGUACGCCAACGCCUGCAGGAUGAAGGCAACCAACUGCGGAAAACACGUAUUCGAAGUCCCCAUGGCAUUCUGCGUGUCACAAGAAAGGACGUCAGGCGGCGAGUCUUGUCCCACAGACUGCUCCGGACAGAAGGAGAAGCUCGUCUGCGGCUCCGAUGAGAACAUCUACAGGAACGAGUGCGAGAUGAAGAUGCUUAACUGCGGUGUCAAUAAUAGAAAGGUUGUAAAGAAGGUGGAUAUGGAGAAAUGCAAGUCGAAGAUGAAUAAAUGCCUCAAAGUGAAGUGUCGGGAAGAAUUCGACCCUGUUUGCGGGACUGAUGCUAAUGUAUACCCUAACUCCUGUCAUUUGAAGGUUGCUAAUUGCCUCAAGGGGGUGCAGCUGGCGCACUUCGGCAACUGCACGCUGCUGCCGCGCCUCGAGACCCAAGCACGUGUACGUGGUGCCGCUGAAGCGCUGCCUGGCGCGCUUCCAGUACGCCGGCUGCGCGCGCGUCUGCCCGCCGGAGUACGACCCCGUCUGCGGCACCGACGACAAGACCUACUCCAACAGGUGCUUCCUCGAGAUGGAGAACUGCCGCUCCAGAAGUGUAGUCCAGCUGAAGUACCUCGGCACGUGCUCGGAGCCCAUCGCGGAGGAGCCCAAGAACUACCUCUACCGAUAGAUGGCGCUGACACCUCAGCUCCUCUCGCUUUCAUUGUGUUUUAAUACUCUCGAUAUUAGUGCCAACGAUAAAAAGCAAUUUUAACCGACCUCCCAAAAGGAGGGACUUUCGUCUGUAUGUUUGUUUUUUAUUCGAAACUGUCUUCCUUUAAUCGAGUUAGUACAACAAGGUGACGUCAUUAUAGUUAAAUUAAAUUAAAAAAAAUAAACGAAAUCAACUUUGAAAAUUUAAAAUAAAGAAUUCUUUAAACUAAGCAAUAAUCUAUUCAAUCAAUUAAGAUGCUAUCUUUAUAAAGUGUUUUUAAAUUUUUGACUUCUAAUAAAAUAAUUAAAACGAAAUAUUCUGUUAUACGUAAAAU